UUAUCGACAGUGAUUGAGAUAUAACAAAUUCAACGCUCUGUCGAUUUUCUAAUGACAAGGUAGUAAACACGAAAGGCCUAUGGUCAUGUGAUAAAUCAUGUGAGCUUUAAAUUGUAAACAUGGCAAAACAGUACUUGUUGCUGUUCAUUUGUUGCAUUGGGAUACACUAUAGUAAUGCAAAAUAUACUCCUGAUUGGGCAUCUUUGGAUACACGACCGUUACCAACAUGGUAUGACGAAGCCAAAUUUGGAAUUUUCAUUCAUUGGGGAGUAUUUUCUGUUCCAAGUUUCCAUGGAGCAUGGUUUUGGCCGUUGUGGAAGUCGAGCAACCCAUCUCCAGAUAUUGCAGAUUUUAUGAAAAAGAAUUACCCACCUGAUUUUACCUAUGCUGACUUUGCAAAAGAUUUCACAGCAGAAUUUUUUAAUCCAGACGAGUGGGCAGACAUAUUUAAAGCAUCGGGAGCUGGAUAUGUUGUUCUUACCAGUAAACAUGGUGAAGGAUUUCCCAACUGGCCGUCCUCUCAUUCUUUUAACUGGAAUGCAAAAGCAGUUGGACCAAACAGGGAUCUUGUUGGUGAUCUGGCUGCAGCAAUACGAAACAGAACGGAUAUAAAGUUUGGAACAUACUACUGUCUUUCAGAGUGGCUUCAUCCACUGUAUAUGCAAGAUAAGGCAUCAAACUUCACAACUCAGAAUUUUGUAAAGACAAAAACCAUGCCUGACCUUUAUGAACUAGUAAGUAAAUAUAAACCAGAAAUUGUAUGGGCUGAUAUGGUUGAUGAUUUAGGAUCUUCUUCGUACUGGACUUCAAAAGAAUUUCUUGCUUGGUUGUUCAAUGAAAGUCCAGUAAAGGACACGGUUGUGACAAAUGACCGAUUUGGCCAAGAUUGUAAAUGCAAACAUGGUAGCUACAAAACCUGUACAGAUAAGUUCAAUCCAGGUGUUUUACAGAAAUUCAAAUGGGAAAAUUGUAUGACUAUAGAUAGGUAUGCCUGGGGGUACCGAAGAAAUGCUGUUGUUGGAGACUUUCUGACUAUUCAUGAAAUCAUUUCAACCUUUGCAUCGACAAUAAGUUGUGGCGGUAAUAUGCUGAUGAAUGUAGGACCAACAAAAUUUGGCAAAAUCAUGCCAAUAUUUGAAGAAAGACUUCGUCAGUUCGGCCAAUGGUUGAAGGUUAAUGGAGAGGCAGUUUACAGUACAGUUCCAUGGAGUCACCAGAAUGACACAGUAAUCAUAAAUACUUGGUACACGAAACGAAAAUUGGAGAAGGAAGGAACUGUGGUUUAUGUUUUUCUUCUUUCAUGGCCUGAAGACACAGUUCUGAAAUUAGGAGCACCAAUUCCAUCAGAGCAGACAGAAGUCAGCAUGCUCGGUUACCCAGACAAAUUUAUCUGGAAAGCUGGUCCAGGAGGCCAAGGAAUUUAUGUCACUAUACCAAUUAUACCAUGGAACAAACUGCCAUGCGAAUGGUCAUGGGUACUUAAAAUAACUCUUAUAACCAAUUAGACUUACAAUUUACUUGAUGAGUACCUUUGAUAUGUAUGAUAAUUAUUUAAAACUGGAAACGUGUAUGAAUCUUGGAUGCAUGUCACUCUUACAAUUCAUAAUUAAGGUACUGUUUGUUUACCAUUGGUAACAUCUGAAAUGUUAACAAAUGUGCCGUUUGUAUGCUGAUCACAUAUGUGCUAACAAUUGUCAGAGUGUAGAGUGUAUAUUUGAUCAUCGGUAAGUGAUUGUCACAGAAAAAUAAAUGUCUUCUUCUAUGC